AUGGAGAUUGUGUCCAUAGUAACCAGUGAUACAAACAAAACAGAGCCUAUCAAGAACAUAUUCUGUUAUUAUACCAACUGGUCCCAGUAUAGAGCUGAACCUGCCAAAUUCCAGCCUCGUGAUAUUGUGCCACAACUCUGCACUCAUAUCAUAUUUGCAUUUGCUAAUGUGGAUGAGAUAAUUAAAACUGCUGAACAUAAUGAUGAAGACCUGUACAAAGAAGUCCUAAAACUUAAGAACACUGUACCUACCCUUAAGGUACUUCUUGCAAUUGGAGGAUGGAGUGCUGCCUCAAAGCCUUUUACAAACAUUGUGGAGAAACUUGAAGGUCGUCGAAGGUUUAUAACACAUUCCUUAUCAUUCUUACGCCACCAUGGUUUUGAUGGAUUGGAUAUUGAUUGGGAGUAUCCAGCAAAUAGAGGUAGCCCUCCUGAGGAUAGGGAAAUGUUCACACAACUUCUUAAGGAAUUUCGAUACGCAUUUGACGUUGAAGGCUCAAUAAAUUCUGCAGAUAGCAAGCUUAUGUUGACAGCUGCAGUAGGGGUUGGAAGACUUGUGUCAUACACUGCUUAUGAAGUAGAGAAAAUAUCUCAUUACCUUGAUUUCAUCAGCUUGAUGACAUAUGACCUUCAUGGACCAUGGGAUGGAAAGCUUGGACUCCAUAGUCCUUUAUAUGGUACCAGUGCAGAUGAUGAGUUUUCUCAGGACUGGGCAGUAAAGGACUGGAUACGCAGGGGUGCUCCAAGAGAGAAACUAAACCUGGGACUGCCAUUUUAUGGACGAAGUUUUGCAAUUUGUAGCUCUGCAGAGGUAAAUGUUGGAGAUAGGAGCUGCGCCUCAGGAUUGCCAGGGAAAUACACCAACACAGCCGGCACUCUUUCUUAUUAUGAGAUUUGUCCCAACUUUGACAAGGGAUGGACAAGACAUUGGCAAGAAAAUCAGAAGACGCCAUACCUUCACAAUGUUAAUCAAAAGCAAUGGAUAGGCUAUGAGGAUCAAGAUAGUAUUGGAAUAAAGACACAGUAUGCUAAAGAAAUGAAACUAGCAGGUGUGAUGGUUUGGAGUUUAGAUUUUGAUGACUUUAAUGCAGUUUGCGACACACGUUACCCAUUACUACGUCGAGUCAAUGAGGUACUCAAUGGAAAUAUGUACAUGCCAAAUUGGUAUAACGACGUGGAUGAUGAUAUCAAAUCUGAAAAGCGCAUAGAGGUGUUAAUCAUGCGUAUUGUUCUGUGUUGUGUGUGCCUUAUAGUAUUUGUGGUUGUGUGGGCAAUCAUAUGCAGGAAGAAAUCCAAUAGAAUGGCGCUGAGGAAAGGAUGUCAGGAAUCACUGGAUGAUACACAAGGUUGUAUGAGGCGACUGUACAAUAGUAUAAAAUACAAACUCUGGGUCAGUUGCUGUUGCAGUCAACUAUAUAUGACCAAAGAAAAGAAAAAGCCAAAGCCUGAACCCAGAGCAAGGGUUCACUCAAUACAAAGUGAUAUGAGUGACAGCUCCUAUGCCACGAUUUCAACUGUGAUGGAAAAUAAGUAUGACGUUCCAAAAUCAUUAAAAUAUGUUGAAGUUAAUUUUCCAAAAGUUGAUAAAAAGGACACCUUGAAAGAGGUUGAUGAAGUGAAUAAAUUGAAAGCUCAGAACUCGGUGGUAUAUUCUCAGAUUCUUCAUGCUAAUAGACCUCAUAAACACCAGCUAGAGAUUUAUCCUGAAUAUGUGAAUACUUCAGAAAUAUAAAUAGUUGUACAUACAGAACUGUGAAGAAUAUUUGUGAAUACUUCAAAAACAUGAAGAACAUGUGUGAACACUUCAGAAAUAUGAAGACAUGGUCUUCAGAAAUAAGAGGGUCACUCAAUAAUUAUUCAGACAGACACUUUCAUUUCUGUUACGUGUAUAUCAAGGAAUUGAGGGGAUGUAAAAUACAGAAUAAAUAUUAUGUGGUUACUUUAGCUGAACCAAUGAUGUAAUAACAGCGAUACUUGUUAAACAAGAAUAUGUGUAGAAAUUUUAGAAAUAUAUCGAUAUUUAAAUGCAUAUGCUUUUGAAAUACAAUGUAUUUAAUAAUAAUAAUGUGUGAAUGCUUCAGAAAUGUUAAAUAGCUCCUGAAUUAAGGAUUUAAGCACAAUACUCAAUUCUUUGUUUCUGAUAAAUUACACGCUUUUGUUGCAGUCUUUAACUGAGGGGUUUUAGUUUUUAGGAUUACAUACACAGGGAGAUGUGCGGACUACUCAAUUUUUACAAAAUUAGUAGUAAUUUAGCACU